AUGGCGGCAGAGUCAUCCUCGGCAGCGGCGAUGGUGGAGGAGCUGACUCUAACCGUGAAGUGGAGCGGCAAGGAGUACACUGUCCGUGUCUGCGGGGACGAUUCGGUGGCCGAGUUGAAGCGACGGAUUUGCGAAGUCACCAAUGUACUGCCCAAAAGACAGAAGCUCUUGUACCCUAAAAUCGGCAACAAGCUCGCCGAUGAUACCGUUAUCCUCUCCCAGCUUCCCCUCAAGUCUUCGCUCAAGAUGACGAUGAUUGGGACUGUGGAGGAUGACAUAAUUGUUGACCCAGUGGAUGACCCGGAGAUUGUUGACGAUUUUGAGCUUGGGCAAGAUGAAGCUGUCGAAAUUAAGGACAAGGAAGUUAACAAGAUGAAGUUGAAGAGGCGUAUAGAUCAAUACAAGAUCAAGCUCCGUAAUCCGUGUCGUGUGGGAAAGAAGUUGCUCGUGCUGGAUAUUGAUUACACCCUUUUUGAUCAUCGAUCAACAGCGGAGAACCCUAUGCAACUAAUGCGCCCUUAUCUUCAUGAAUUCCUUACAGCAGCUUAUACAGAAUAUGAUAUAAUGAUAUGGUCCGCAACUAGCAUGAAGUGGGUUGAACUGAAGAUGGGAGAGCUUGGAGUACUAAGUAACCCCAAUUACAAAAUUACUGCUCUCCUGGACCAUUUAGCAAUGAUUACAGUGCAAACUGAUGCUCGUGGGAUCUUUGACUGCAAGCCGCUUGGAUUAAUAUGGGCUCAUUUCCCCGAGUUUUACAGUAAGAAGAACACCAUCAUGUUCGAUGAUCUAAGACGGAAUUUUGUUAUGAACCCGCAAAAUGGGUUGACAAUUAAGCCCUUCAGGAAGGCUCAUGCCAACCGAGAUAGUGACCAAGAGCUCGUGAAGCUAACAGAGUACCUUCUUGCUAUAGCUGAACUAGAUGAUAUAAGCACCCUGGAUCAUUCCAAAUGGAAGUACUAUGCAGAGGAUGGCUCGAAAAGGCGUAGACAUGCAUAA